CGGAAGUGCAGGCAAGGAGCACAGCCGUUGGACAGCCACGGAGGGUGCAGCCAUGGAGCAAGCGUUGUCUUCCUCGGCCAAGGACGCGCCGGACCAGCUCCCCCACCCCACUGGUGUCUUUCAGGUUGCAGAAAAGAUGGAAAAAAGGACAUGUGCACUCUGCCCCAAAGACUCCGAGUAUAGUGUCCUAUACAUUGCAAAAAAAGAGACUAUAGCUGCUCAUGAAAAUUGUUUGCUGUAUUCUUCAGCACUUGUGGAAUGUGAGGAUCAUGAUCCAAGUAAUGAUGACAGGAGUUUUGAUGUGGAGUCAGUAAAGAAAGAAAUCCAUAGAGGAAGGAGGUUGACGUGUGCAUUCUGUAACAAAAGAGGAGCCACCGUGGGAUGUGAUAUAAAAGCCUGUCUCAAGAGUUACCACUUUUUCUGUGCCAAGAAUGCCCACGCGGUUCUACAAACCGAUAGAUCUCGAGGAAUUUAUAAAGUGUUCUGCCAACAACAUGCUGCACUGAAAGACACUCAUGAUGGAAAGUCUCUGUCUGGUAUCUCCCCUACUCACUACAAGCAGAAGACCAACCGAGGAUAUGGACUGAAAAGAAAAAGAGGAAGAAAGAAACGCCUCUCAACAGGCGUUCCUGUACAGCCAUCUGAAACAAUGACACUCAAUAGAUUCAUACAAGAAAUGAAGGAGGAGGAGAGCAGACACACAGAUGCAAUUAGAUCAAGUGUGAAAAUUGAUUUUCUUAAGAAAUGUAAGAAAGUGGGUCUUCUUGAUGAUUUAUUUGAAGAAAUAUUAGACAAACUUCAUUUGAUUCAAGAAAGACUCAUGGAUGAGACUGCUUCCGAAUCAGACUAUGAAGAAAUUGGGACUUCACUUUUUGACAGUAGAUUGUUUGAAGACACAUUUGUAAAUUUUCAAACAGCAAUAGAGAAUAAAAUUGAUCAAUGUGAAGAAAGGCAGAAGCAACUGAAGGAAGAGAUUGAAGGACUUCAGGACUUAAAAAAAACCUUGCGGUCUCUUCAAGAAGAUAGAGAACUUAGGUCAAGUUCUACUUCAGUAUCUUCUGGGUCUUCUAAGGAUUACUAUUUCCUGGGCCAGGAAUGAGUCUCAGCUGCAAGCAGGCUGCGAACGGAAGAUCUAACCUGUGGAAGCCACACAUCUUUAGACCUACGCCUCUCAGGUCUCUCUGGUCCUCAAACUUCAAUCCUCAUCAACUCUUACCUGUUCCUACAUUUCAUGCCUGACUGGGUAUUUACUGCCUCCCUCUUAUCAUCUCACUUCUGUUCUCCAACAACAUGUUUCUCAGAUUCUACUUGAGUAAAUUAGAUUAUACCUCCCAUCUCACCCACCCUCUGCCCUGAAAGUCCUAUGGUGGCUUCAUGCUGGUGCAUUGCCUCCCAUGCUUCCCCCACUCCAGUGAUCUAAGUUGACUUCAAUAACAUACAAGAUGCUCCUGGAAGUAAAGGCUCCCCCCAGGGCCUUUGCUUGUCCUGCUGUGAAGCCUUAACUACUCUGUUUCCUUUCUCUGCCUGUUCUGCCUGCAGAUCUCAUUACACCAGUUCUACCCCUUCUUCCCUCUGAGAUCACUUCCCAAGGUAACCCAUUGUAUCUUACAUCCCACCGUUAGGGUAUAAAUUCUGAGGGCAAAAUCUCACUAUUCCUGUGCUUUGCUCUCAACACAUUCCCAGCACCUAUGAUGCUCAAUAAAUGCAUAAACUGUUAUUAUCCUUUGAGACUA